AGAUUCCAUUUUUAUUUUCUGUCCUUUUAUGUUUAUGCUUUUUUGAUUGUUUUUCUUAGUUAAAACUGAUAAAAAGAGAAGUUCCUGUUUUUAUCUGACCUGAUUUGGGGUUUUUAUGGUGUAAUUGAAAAGUGAACUUCCCAAAUUUAGAAAAAAUAUAGCACCUCAAUUUGCAUUGGAUUUUAUUUAUUUUGCUUUUCUUGAAGUAUAAUAGCAAAGGACUAUCUUUUUUUGGGACCAAAUCCUUUGACACUGUUUUAUCCAGAUUUUAAUGGGGACUAACAUGAACUUCAAGAACUUUGGAAGUAACCCACCACCGUCAGCUGACGGCGGCGGGAUUAAACCGCAACCGCCGGGGAAUAUGCAGUUAAUUAGACAGCCAUCAAUCUAUUCUCUAACCUUUGAUGAGUUUCAAAGCACUGUCGGUGGAAUAGGCAAAGAUUUUGGGUCAAUGAACAUGGAUGAGUUGUUGAAGAACAUUUGGAGUGCUGAAGAGACUCAAACAAUGGCUUUUUCCAGUGGUGGCCUAGACGGAAAUGGAGGGUUACAAAGGCAAGGGUCUUUGACUUUGCCAAGGACACUUAGCCAGAAAACUGUUGAUGAAGUUUGGAAAGACAUUGCGAAGGAGUAUUCAAUAGGGAAAGAUGGGAUUGGAACUGGAGCGAUUAACAAUAUCCCUCAAAGGCAGCAGACUUUAGGGGAGAUGACCUUAGAGGAGUUUUUGGUGAGGGCUGGUGUGGUAAGAGAGGAUACCCCGUUGGUUGCGAAGGUUAAUAAUGGGGGAUUCUUUGGGGAGUUACCGCGGUCCGGGACUAAUACUGGGUUUGGAAUUGGGUUUCAACAAGGUGGUAGAGGUGCAAAUUUGAUGGGGAAUAGGAUUUCUGAAAGUGGUAAUCAAAUUGGUAUUCAGGCUUCCAAUUUGCCUUCGAACGUUAAUGGAGUUAGAUCAAACCAGCACCAGUUGGCUCAGCGGCAAACUCAACAGCAACAGCAGCACCAGCAACAGCAGCAACCAAUUUUUCCCAAGCAACCUGCUGUGGGAUAUGGAGCUCAGAUACCUUUACAAAGUGGUGGUCAGUUAGGGAGUCCUGGAAUUAGGGGUGGAAUUGCUGGGAUUGGGGAUCAGGGCCUAAGUAAUGGUCUUAUUCAGGGUGGUGUACUGCAGGGUGGAGGGAUGGGUAUGGUUGGUUUAGGAGGGCCAGUCAGUGUUGCAACUGGAUCACCUGCCAACCAGCUUUCAUCAGAUGGGAUUGGGAAGAGUAGUGGGGAUACUUCCUCAGUUUCACCAGUUCCUUACGUGUUUAAUGGAAGUUUGAGGGGUAGAAAAUGCAGUGCUGUGGAAAAGGUUGCAGAGAGGAGGCAGAGGAGAAUGAUAAAAAACAGAGAAUCAGCUGCAAGAUCACGAGCUCGCAAGCAGAUUAUGCUGCAGUAUGGUAAUUUGAUAGCAAUCUGACAUGAGAAGAGAUGAAAGAUUUUGAGAAGUCGAGGUCAUGAGAAGUUAUAAGGAUCCUGUUUGUCACAAGGCUUAUACAAUGGAAUUGGAAGCAGAAGUUGCAAAGCUAAAAGACGAGAACCAAGCAUUGCAGAAGAAA